AUGGCACACAAAGACAACAACACCGGUGUUGCCACGGUCAUCGGCCGGAAGUGCGAAGACAAAGUCAAGACUCAUCGACUUCCAGCAGUCCGCUGGAGCCGCGCCUUCGAGACUACGGGUAAUAGGGCCGAAGAUCAGGGCGACCAAGGCCAAGGACUAGUCCAGGACCAGUCGUCCGCGCUGAAGCAGGUCACGGAGACGGCUGAGGGGGCGUCCUCGGGACCGGCCGACGCGCAGGCCUCGCCUGAGAAGGCGGCAGAGGACGACGAGUUCAGCGCCGACGACGGCGACAAGCAGGCGGAGGCAGACGUCAUCAUGGCCGACCCGGAGGCCGUUGCCGCUUCGUCGCAAAGCGACGCGGGCCGUAAGCGUGCCCAGGCUUCAAUGGCCGCUGUCGCGGCAAAGCCCGUCGCUGCGACGGAGGCCGAGGAGGCCAGUGCGAGGAAGCGUUCCGCUUCCAGGUCGCCACACCGCGACGACUACCAUGACCUGUUCGGUGACUCCAAGUCUGAGGAGGGUGCCAUCCGCGAGUGUGGGGAGGUCUCCAACAACCUCGACGAGCAGCAGCAGCAAUACUACGCUGCUGUCUCGGGCUCACAUGCCAGGCAGUGGGCUGCCGCAACUGCCGUCGAGCCUUCUUCAGGCGGAGGUACCACGUAUGCGCAGGGCUGCUUCCCACCCGAGUCUGGCACCGGAGCGCCAGCGCUUUUUGAGAAGCUCACGGCUUUGCCCGCCAGGUGUGUGCUAGCACCACACAAGCUCAUACUGAAGGAGUUGACCACGCUUCGUAAGAAGCCGGAGGACAAGGGUGGACUCCAUCCUGUGCGGAGUUAG